ACAUUUCAAAGUCGUUUCUCCGGGGUGUUUGAACAGGAAGGCGGACAUGUUGAUCAGGCAGACGGAGAAAGUUGGGCACAUUCUGGCUUUUUUUUUUGUUGAAAAUAACGUCGAUUAAAGCCCGAAUAAUCUACAUCAAAGGAGCCAACUGAAUUAUUUUACAGAUUAACAACCAAAGGUGAUUUAUGAAUUUGAGAGAUCUCUCGCCGGUACUCCAGUGGGACCUUUUAAUGGGAUCAUGUUAUAAAAGUGAUCGAAAUCUGAAGACGAAUUUUUUUUUGCCACUUCAGCUUUGCAGCUGUCAGACUCUCUGAAAUGGACAAGGGCCUGGAGGACUGUGGAUUAUUUCUCUUAUUUCACUAAAAAACUUUGCUUUUAUUUGCACUAGGCAGCCUUGUGUAAGGGACUCGUAAACUUCUUUUAGGUCACUAGUGUGCGAAGGCUUCUGCGCUGGCGCUACUUUAGUAGUUUAGUUUUUAUUUGCCAGGUUUUCACGGAUUAAUCUGGACGUUUGUUUUUCUUAGAAAAUGCGGGUUUCCUUCGUCCGUCGGUCUUUUUUUACGCGUUGUAACGAGAGUGGGAACCCGAGACUUCUCCAGACGUCUCUGUGAUCGGAGUGUGAAGGAAGUGAGCUGCUAAGCUAACGUAUUAGCUGGCUGAGAGGGAUAUAACGCAGUUUAACUCAUCGCCGGCGCGGAAAACAGCACAAUGUCUUCUGGGGAGAGUUUAACGGCUCGAUUUGAGAAAAUCGAUGCCAUGUUGAAGGAUCCCAAAUCCGAGAUAAACACCGACUGUCUUCUGGAUGGUUUGGAUGCUCUGGUCUACGACCUCGAUUUCCCUGCCUUGAGGAAGAACAAGAGUAUCGACAACUUCCUGAACCGAUAUAAGAACACAAUCAGUAAGAUUCGUAGCCUGCGGAUGAAGGCUGAUGACUACGAGGUGGUCAAGGUCAUCGGCAGAGGGGCGUUCGGAGAGGUGCAGCUGGUGAGACACAAAGCCACCAGAAAGGUCUUUGCCAUGAAGCUUCUCAGCAAGUUUGAGAUGAUCAAACGCUCGGACUCGGCAUUCUUCUGGGAGGAGAGGGACAUCAUGGCGUUCGCCGACAGCUCCUGGGUGGUCCAGCUGUUCUACGCGUUCCAGGACGACCGCUACCUCUACAUGGUGAUGGAGUAUAUGCCGGGUGGAGACCUGGUGAACCUGAUGAGUAACUACGAUGUGCCAGAGAAGUGGGCGCGCUUCUACACGGCCGAGGUGGUGCUGGCGCUGGAUGGCAUCCACGCCAUGGGCUUCAUCCACAGGGACGUGAAACCUGACAACAUGUUGCUGGACAAAACGGGCCACUUGAAGUUGGCAGACUUCGGUACCUGCAUGAAGAUGAACCAGGAUGGUAUGGUACGAUGCGACACGGCGGUGGGGACGCCCGACUACAUCUCUCCGGAGGUGCUGAAGUCUCAGGGUGGAGACGGAUACUACGGCCGGGAGUGCGACUGGUGGUCGGUGGGGGUCUUCCUGUAUGAAAUGCUUGUCGGUGACACGCCGUUUUAUGCCGACUCCCUGGUGGGGACGUACAGCAAGAUCAUGAACCACAAGAACGCGCUGACCUUCCCCGACGACAGUGACAUCUCCAAGGAUGCCAAGAGUCUCAUUUGUGGCUUCCUCACUGACAGGGAAGUGCGGUUAGGGCGUAACGGCGUGGAUGAGAUCAAACGUCACCCUUUCUUCAAGAAUGACCAGUGGAGCUGGGCGAGCAUCAGGGAGACUGCUGCCCCCGUUGUGCCGGAACUGAGUAGCGACGUCGACACAAGCAACUUUGACGACAUCGAGGAGGAUCGAGGAGAGGAGGAAACCUUCCCCAUCCCCAAAGCCUUUGUUGGAAACCAGCUCCCCUUUGUCGGCUUCACGUACUACAGCGGACACCAGCCACCUCGAGGGUCAAGCAUGAAGACGAGUGAUAAACACAGCAGCAGCGCUAAAGAAGACAAGAGCCAUUUGGAGAACCUACAGAAGAGGAUCCACCAGUUGGAGGAGCAGCUACACGGGGAGAUGCAGCUGAAGGACGAGUUGGAGCAGAAGUGCAGGGCAUCCAGCACCAAGCUAGACAAGUUAACGAAAGAAUUCGAUGAAGAGGGCAAUGCCAGGAAGACUGCAGAGGCCAGUUUAUCUCUGCUGGAGAAGGAUAAACUAAUACUGCAGCACAAGGUGACGGAGCACCAGCGCAAAGCUGACCAGGAAGCUGAGAAGAGACGCAACGUGGAGAACGAAGUGUCCUCUCUGAAGGAACAGCUGGAGAACAUGAGGAAGAUCAGCCAAAGCACCCAGGCCUGCAGCGAUAAGAUCGCCCAGCUGCAGCACCAGCUGGAAGAGGCCAACGACCUGCUGCGGGCGGAAUCAGACACGGCGGCCCGGCUGAGGAAAAGUCAGACGGAGAUGGCGAAGGCCAUGAGCCAGCUGGAGGGAAUGAACGGAGAGCUGCAGGAGAAGAGCCGCGUGGCAGAGAGCGGCCGCCAGCAGCUGGAGAGAGACCUGCUGCAGCUGCAGAACACGCUGGACACUGAGAGACGCACCUGCAGCCAGGGCUCUGAGGAGAUCCACCAGCUACAGGCUCGUAUUACAAGCCUACGAGAGGACAAUAAUAACCUGAAGCAGAGUUUGUGUAAGGUGGAGGCUGAGAGGAAGCAAGCCCAGGAGAGGAGCAACAGUCUGGAGAAGGAGAAGAACAGUUUGGAGAUUGAUCUGAACUACAGGCUGAAGACCCUACAGCAGCGUUUGGACCAGGAGAUGAUGGAGCACAAGGUCGCUCGUGCGCAGCUCACAGACAAAUAUCAGAGCAUCGAGGAGGCCAAGUCUGCCGCCAUGCAUGCUGUGGAGCAGAAGGUGUCUGAUGAGAGUGUGUUGCGUUUGCGGGCGGAGAGUCGUGUGGUGGAGGUGGAGAAGCAGUGCUCCAUGUUGGAGUUUGAUCUCAAGCAGUCGGUGCAGAAGAUGGAGCAGCUGGUGAAGCAGAGAGAGAGGUUGGAGGAAGAAGUGAAGGCACUGCGUCUGCAGCUGGAGCAGGAGUCAGGGAAGCGAGCCUUGGCCCAGAGUGAGCUGAGGAGCUGCUCCGGUGAGGCCGAGCGCCUCAGGGGCUCUGAGAAGCAGCUAAAGCAGGAGAUCAACGUGGCCCUGGAGAGCAAGCGCUCGCUGGAGUUCCAGCUGGCCCUGCUCACCAAACAGUACAGAGGGAAUGAGGGUCAGAUGAGGGAGCUCCAGGACCAGCUGGAGGCUGAGCAGUACUUCUCUACGCUCUACAAGACACAGGUGAAGGAGCUGAAGGAGGAGCUGGAGGAAAGGAACCGCUUAGUGCAGGAAACACAGAGAAGAGUGCAGGACAUGAACGCUGAGAGGGACACUCUGAUAGCACAGCUGGAUCUGACAGUGACUAAGGCAGAGUCUGAGCAGCUGGCGCGGGCCCUACAGGAGGAGCAGUACUUCGAAAUGACUCAGGAACACAAGAAGAGCUCUGCACGCUACAAACUAGAGCUAUGUGAGAGAGACAGCACGAUAGCACGGCUGGAAGAAUCUAGCAAAGUGCUCACCAAAGACAUAGAGAGUGUCCGGAGGGAGAAAGGUGAGCUCCAGGACAAGCUCCGCUCUCAGGAGGAAGAGUUCCAGAUCCGGAGGGAGGACAUUUCAAACAACAUCAAGGCCACGUAUGAGAAGAUGCUCAACCAAGAACGGACCCUGAAGACCCAGGCGGUGAACAAGCUGGCUGAGAUUAUGAACCGUAAGGAUAUGAAGCUGGACCAGCGGAAGCGGGGCAGCACCACGGACCUGCGCAAAAAGGAGAAGGAGAACCGCAAACUCCAGCUGGACCUCAACCAGGAGAAGGAGAAGUUCAACCACAUGGCCAUCAAGUACCAGAAGGAGCUGAGUGAGAUGCAGGCGCAACUGAUGGAGGAGAGCACGUACCGUAACGAGCUCCAGAUGCAACUGGACAGUAAGGAGAGUGAUAUCGAGCAGCUGCGUGAGAAACUCAGUGACCUGCAGCUGCGCAUGGACAACUCCAGCGUGACCAGCCUGCAAACGGACGAGACUGACAGCGGCUCUGCAGUUCUCAUCUUCUUCUCCUGGUGUGCAGUAGGUGUUCUCCUGCUGUGUGUGUACAGUUCUCUUAUCUUCUCCUCAUGUGCGGUGUUCUCCUGCUGUGUGUGUGUGUGUGUACAGUUCUCAUCAUCUUCUCCUGGUGUGCGGUGUUCUCCUGCUGUGUGUCCUCUGUGCUCUGCCCUCUACUCGAGGCUGGAAGGCUGGCUGUCUAUUCCCAACAGAGCCAACAUCAAACGCUAUGGCUGGAAGAAACAGUACGUUGUGGUCAGCAGUAAGAAGAUACUCUUCUACAAUGAUGAGCAGGACAAGGAACAGUCAAACCCCUCUGUGGUGCUGGAUAUAGACAAACUGUUCCAUGUGCGUCCUGUGACACAAGGUGAUGUGUAUCGUGCAGAGACUGAUGAAAUCCCCAGAAUAUUUCAGAUCUUGUAUGCAAAUGAGGGGGAGUGCCGUAAGGAGGAUCUAGAGGCAGUCCCCCAGGGCGAUAAGACCAACUGCCUGCCCCACAAGUGUCACGAGUUCAUCCCCACCCUCUACCACUUCCCCACCAACUGUGAGGCGUGUGCCAAACCCCUGUGGAACGUGUUCAAGCCUCCACCCGCUCUGGAGUGUCGCCGAUGCCACGUCAAGUGCCACAAGGACCAUCUGGACAGGAAGGAGGACGUCAUUGCCCCCUGCAAAGUGAACUAUGACGUGACGUCAGCGCGAGACAUGCUACUGCUGGCUCUGUCGCAGGACGAGCAGAAGAAGUGGAUUGGCCACCUGGGCAAGAAGAUCCCCAAAACGCCCCCCGCCACCUUCACACGCGCCUCCCCCCGCUCCAUGUCUUCGCGCUCCGUCGCCAACCAGUCCUUCCGCAAGAACCCCAAAAACCUGUCCGGCAAGUCCAGCUAACCACCUGAAGCUUCCCUCUGAUCCCUGGGACUCAAUUAGGACUCUGUACCUCUCACUCCUCAAAAUCAAUACAUGUAAACAACACGAUUAAACCUUUAAAAGCAUUUGAAAUAUGAAAAAGUGGAAUUGGUCCAAUGGGUCCGUUUGGACGUUGGGUUGCAGGAGCUGGCUGGUCUUGUGCUGGGGUAAGGGGGGGCAGGGCGGGUUGUGAGCGGCGGGUGGGCUCGGACCCUGCACUUCUUCAUCUCCAUCUCCACAGCACGGCUCCUCCCAGCCACCAGGGGGUACUCAGACAUCUUUCAUCGCUUGGGAUGGAAACUGGGACCACAUCUGGCUUGGUGCGGUUCUUAAGGGAGCUUUUGGGGCAAGGUGGGUGGG